CGUGUUUCACAAUGUUUGAUAUUUAUAGGCAGAAGUAGAUUCAAUGUCAAAGGUCAAAUUAAAUUGUUGUUCAGACGCUUGAUUUGCUACACUUACAAUAUCACAGGGACAACACUGUUCCGAUGUAGCGUAUGCUUGAUAGCUGUACCAAUAAGCGCGCACUUGAUCCAGAUCUCAUUCAGUACACAGACGACAGCCUGAAAGGUUGCUUUCUGGAUCCAUUCAUUAUUUCCUGGAUUUAAGAAAACAGAGAACAGCUUUAAAGAAUGGAAUGAUUCGAUUGGAGGCGUUAUCUUUGGAUAAUUAAGGACAAUCUCUUAUCAUGAUGUCCCCACAACUUGAGCAUCAAAAUCAGAGCCAAUACAAUAUUUCUCAUGAUACAAUUCCUGACUAUGACAUAGACUGUUUGGAAAUCAUCAAUGGAUCUGUGUUUUACAAUCCGUGUCUUUGUAUUCAGGAACCAAAUUUAACCGUCCCAGUGGAAGAAAAUCCGGGCUACUUAACAAUCUUCUCUAUCUUAGCUCCAAUCAUCUCCGCCAUUGGAAUCAUUGGGAUAAUUUUAACAAUAAUUGUUCUUUCUAGGAAAAGUUUAUGCACGUCGACUAAUUGCUAUCUAAUCGCAUUAUCUGCUGCUGAUCUUGGAUUCCUGGUCUUUUUGUUUCCUCGAUUUUUUGAGCGUUUUCUCACUGAUGAGAGGGAUGGCUUCCUUUUCGGAAUAGUAUUCAACUACACAAGGAUCCCCUUAACUACGUUUCUGAGCGCAUCCGUGUGGAUAAAUGUCGUUCUGGCCGCAGAGCGAUAUGUCGCCAUUGUUCACCCUCUCAGAGCAAACAUGAUUUGCUCCAUCAGAAGGGCACGUUUUGUCAUCAUUGCUGUCUUUUUGUAUUCCUUUGUUAUCCGGAUACCUUACUUUUUCGAGAACAAGGUUGAGACUGUGAGACACGAACCAGAAUGUGGCGGACCGACUGUAACAUACUCACACACUGCACCCUGGUUAUUCGUGGACCCCAAGGAAAAAGAAAUUUAUCGCUGGGUGGUGGAUUGCACUUUAUCAGCCAUAUUACCUUUCUUGUUUCUCUUAAUUCUAAAUACAAGGCUGAUUUACGAAAUCCGGGCUUCUACGAGAUACAUUAGAAACAAUGUUGGACUUGACCAUUCGAUGCAAAGAGUUUUGUCAAAUGAACAACUGAAAAUAUCAGUCAUGUUAGUAUGUUUGAUUAUAAUUUUCUUUGUGUGUGAAGCACCGUAUGUCGUCAUGAAUGCUUUUCUGUACAAAAGUAACUUUGACAGACACACCUUUUAUAUUCUUCUUUAUAUAGCUAUUUUUCUCAUGCCACUGAAAUCUACAUUUAAUUUCAUCCUUUACUGCUGGUUCAGUGAAAGAUUCUGGGAAACAUUAAAACAAAAACUAUGUUUUACACUCUGUAACAAAGGUCGACGGAGUUUCAGUACAUCCAGGACUUCAAACUUUAGUGGAGUAUUAAUGACGUCAAAUGGAAGCAAACGACGUCAUGAUUUGCCUGAACAUGUCGUGUGAUAUAAUCAAAUUUGUUUAUGUAUAUCUACAUCACUCUACUACAAUCAUAUUUUACACAGCAAGCUUUAAUAUCAAUAUCAUAGGGCAAUAAGCAAGAUUUUUUUACUCAUAUAUCUUUUGUGUUAGUAUGUUGUUGUCAUGUACCAUAGAGUUUGUAGACAGAAAGCUAUGUACAUGUCUAUAUCAUUUUCGUGUAGUCUGUCUCACCUACGUUAUGGUAUUUUGUGAUUGACAUUAUCAAAAUUACAAACAAGGUACACUUUGUUUUAUUUUGCAUAAAUCGAUGUCAACAAUUUCUGAAUGUAUAAAAUAAUAAAUAUAUGUAGAUUAAAUUGAAAAGAAAAAUAAUAAAAACGAUGAGUUCUGAUAAA